AUGGCCACUGCGAAGCCAGCUUCCAUUGCCGCCAAUUCCACCACUGCCGCCAAACCGCCGGCGCCCGAGCAGCCACUGCUGGAGGUGGCGGAGGAGGAGGUGGUGAUCGACUUCAAGCCCAACUCCAAGUGCCGCGUCGACCUCCGCCUCCGCUCGCUGCACCCCGCCCUUCCCGUGGCAUUCAAGGUCCAGACCUCCUCGCCGCUCAAGUUCCUCGUCAGCCCGCCGCGCGGCGCCCUGCAGCCGCUCUCCUCCGCAACCAUCCGCGUCGUGCUCCGCCCGCAGCCCCACGCGCCGCAGACGUUCCCGCGCUCCCGCGGCGACCUCUUCCUCGUCCUCUCCUCCCUCUCCGCCGCGCACCUCGACUCCGCCGCCUCCAUCACCGGCAGCGCUGCCGCCGGCGCCAUACGCCUCCGCGUGUUCUUCGGCGGGCCCUACCUGCUCCGCCUCGCCGCGGACGCUGGGGACUCCGCGGCCGUGCGCCUCAUCCUGCGCCGGCAGCCGCAACUUCUGCCGGUUCUCCAGCCCGAAGCGCUAAUGCCCGACACCGAGCAGUGGGCGCCGCUGCACGCGGCUGCCGCGAGGGGGGACUGCGAAGAGGUGAGGAGGCUGGGGCCGGAAGCGCUGGCGGCUCGUGACAAGGAUGGCAGGACGGCUCUGCACGUCGCGGCCGCAGCAGGGGAGGUGGAGGCGGUGGCGGAGCUGGUGGAGAUGGGCGCCGACGCCGCGUCCGCCGACGCCCGAGGGAAGACUCCACUGGACGUGGCGCGAGACAAGGGCUAUAAAGAAGUUGUGGACAUACUGCAACGUUGGGAGCUGGUCAUGACAGCGGCUAGGCGAGGCGACCUCCAGAGCCUGCAGCUCCUCCUCAGCAAGCGCACGGGCAUCCGCGGCCGCGACCAGUACGGCCUGACGGCGCUCCACAUGGCCGCGAUCAAAGGCCACUGCGACGUGAUCGCCUUGCUCGCCGGGUCCGGCUGCAUGGACAUCGAGUGCGAGGACGUGGAAGGGCACCGGCCGCUGCACCUCGCCGUCGAGGGCGGCUGCGCCGACGCCGUGGACCUGCUGCUUGACAUGGGCGCUGACGUCCACGCCAAGACCAAGCGGGACGCGACGCCGCUCCAGAUGGCCGAGACGAUGGGGUACGAUGACAUCGCGCAGCUACUGCGCAGCCGGGGUGCCGACGAGGCGGCAGCUGCUGCGCAGUUGUGCAUCGCGUCGUCGUCUUCCUCGUCGAUAUCGUGUGCCUAG